GCCCAGAGUCGAUGGCCAAUUCGAUGGGUGGUGGGUGCUCAGUGCGAAGCAGUCUGCCGGCGAACGCGUAUCGCCCACAAUACCCAGCUCUAAAGAAUCACCGGGCUCCAGAGUACCAUCGCUCCGAAGCGUGUGUUGUCUUAUCGAGUAGCCAAUUGGUUGGCAGCGAUCACAGGAGGUUGCACAACCCCAACGGAAUCCGCAAAUACAUCCCAUCCACCUGGAGUGCUAAAUAAUAAAUACAAUACAAGAUGGCCGGGACGGCAUUCGGCAAGUGCUUUAUUCUCUUCAUGGCGAUUGUCAUACUCGCCCAGGGAGUCAUAUAUCUUGGCCUGUCCCUGUGGGGAAUCACAUUCCGGGAGUGCCAUGAUGCGUCGCCAUUCGAAUCCAACCCGUUCAAGUUUGCCAUGGAGCUGAUUUACUUUUCGGAAAAGGAGUGCGGUGAUCCCUCGCUCAUUGUAAGUGAUCAGGUCCUUGUUCUGACAAUGGAUUGGGAUAAAUCCUAUGAAAUCACCCAUCGAGAGUACAUCUUUAUGAUCAGCUAUGCGGUCGUCAGUGGACUUUGGAUAGCGUCAUCGGUUCUGAUCAUUCUUACUUUGUGCAGUCGCACAACAAAACUGAUAUCUGGAGCACUCUACUGGCCUUGGUUUUUGGCCGUGCUAGCCGGGAGCAUCCUGGAUGUGGUGGCUAGUGUGUAUCAUGGACUUGAUUUGAGCCAUACAACGUCACUGGAUGAUGCAUUUAACUACAUAGGAGUCGUGGACAAUUCGGAGAGCCCGUUCUGGAUCCUCCUGCAAAACUUGGGAGUGUACUUCUCGACGCCGGCCAUCGUAAUGCUCUGCCUGACCUCCCGCGUGGCCAUCGUCUGGCUCUUGAACAUCAUCGGCGUCUCUUUCUGCCUGUCCCUUUCCAGCGUGAUGGCCAACCAAAAUGCGGCGAAGGCGGCCGUGAGCCGGAGUGAGGCUCCCACCCGCCAGCCAACUCCUCAGCCGGCAGUGGUACAGCCCGCUUUGGUGGCAACUGCUGUGCUGCCGGCGCAGCAGCCGUCUGCCCCCUUGGAAAGCCCAGAGUAUCCUGAGCAAAUCCGUCCCAAACCACUUCCCAUUUUCAUACCGUCCGAACAGGGCAUCCAGCGUCAGGACUCGCGUCAGUUUACGCCCGGAGAUCGCACCACCCUGCAGUCGCCAGUGAUGGUGUUGCCUCCCCAGGUGCCACCGCAGCAAAGGGAGGUGGUCUCGCCGCAGCCGGACAUCAACACCUACCGCACCACUGAGGCUCAUCCGGACCGUUUGAACUAUCCGCCCGCGGAGACCCCUUCACCGCGAGCUCCCUCGCCUGCUGUCCAGCAGCUGGCCGUUACCUCGCCGCUGAAUAAUCGCUACAGCGAAAUCUACCCAGCUCCGCCAGCCAAUCCACGGGUCAGCGAGGAGUUGCGCAACCAGAUGCCCUGGUCCUAUACCAGCAUGAUCACCAAGCCACCACCACCGCCUCGAAAGCCCCAGCUGCAGGUUCAGAUCUAUCCCCAGAUCCCGGAGCCCGAUUACGCGGACCACGACCACUAGAAAGGAAUAGCGUUGGGGACGAGCAGCUCGAAGCUGAUUGCGGGUUAAUCAGCCAGGAUGCGCGGUUCUGAUGAGUUUUGUGUUAUUGUUAACUUUAUUGCAUAAAGCUAAAGCUGAUGGCCAA